AAAUAUUGAAGUGGACAUUGUUCACCCGCGACCAAAAUAACAGGAAGUUUUGUUUUAGGGUUUAACCGGCUGGAGCUCGAAAGCGAGGCCAUUCAUGCCUUUGAGUUCGGUUGGAGAAGGCCUCAGACGCGCUGCCGCAUGUCAUACGCCGGUGGACGAGGAAUGAUGUCUCAACUUCUCCAAUUCCGGCGCAUUCUCCGUCUCUCUGGCCGCAAAUUCUCCACCUGCUCAAACACGAAUCCUGACCAUAACAUCCAAUCUAGAGCAUACACCAAACCCUUGAGCGCCACCAUCAACAAGCUUUUCAAAGAAAGAGACCUCGAUAAGCUUGUCGUCGGCUUCAAGCUCGCUUCGGAGUCCUACCGCUUCCGCUGCCGCCAUAAUAUCUACGAGUUCACUGUCCGCCGACUCGCUGCUGCUGGCCGCCUUGACGCCGUUGAAUCCAUACUCGAGCAUCAGAAGCGCUUCGCUGCUGAUCUUACUCGCGAGGGCUUCGGCGUUCGCCUUAUUUCCCUAUAUGGAAAGGCUGGCAUGGCCACCAACGCCGCGGAUACCUUCGAUCAGCUUCCUUCCUUCGGUUCACCUCGUUCGGUCUUGUCCUUCAAUGCCGUCCUCACGGCCUUCGUCGACGCUGGAGACUACAGUCGUGUUGUCACUACCUUCCGCGACGUUCCAGCUGGCGAUACCUCCAUCACCCCCAAUCUCAUUUCCUAUAACAUUUUGAUUAAAGCCCUCUGUGAAAAGGGGGAUCUUGAUGCAGCCCUAGACUCCCUCGUUCUCAUGGAGAAGAAUGGCAUUUCUUCUGAUUUGAUUUCCUUCAAUAUUCUGCUGAAAGGGCUUUAUGAAAGCAAGCGCUUCUCCGAUGCUGAGAAUAUUUGGAAUAGGAUGGCUAGGGAGAACAUCCAACCUGAUAUAAAGUGUUUCAAUGCGAAGAUGAGGGGUCUUGUAUCAGUUGGAAAGACUUUGGAGGCUGUAGCGAUUUUGGAUAAGAUAAAUCAGUCAGGGUUAAAGGCGGAUAUUUUCACGUUCAAUGCUUUGAUAAAGGCGUAUUGUCAAGAUGGGAACUUGGAGCAGGCUAAGCUGGUUUAUAUGAAUCUUAUAAAUAAUGGCUGCGCUCCUAAUAAAGAGACCUUUCUGGUGCUAAUUCCGAGUCUUUCUGAGGCAGGGGAGCUUGACUUGGCUCUUAAGGUGAGUAAGGAGAGCCUGAGCCGCAGGUGUUCUCCUGGUUCAGAGAUUUUGCAGAGGGUGGUGGACGGGUUGGCUAAGAAUUUCAAAGUUGAGGAGGCUAGGAAACUUGUGGAGAUCUCCCGAGCAAAUGGUUACUCAAAAAAGAGCAUCAGAAUGCCUUUGUCUUGUUUGGCUGUGUAGAGCAAAAUCAAUCUAAAAUUUUGUGCUGGUCGGGUUCUAAGACAUGGAAAGCAUGAGAGAGCUUGAUGCUGUGAGCAAGUGCAAGGAAAGCUAGAGGUUGCGUGAUGAAUUGACUGAGAAGAAUCUUUUCUUAUGAAAUGCUUUGAUUGGUGAGUUCAGCAGUAACCAUUUGCCUCCAAUUGUACUAAAGUUUGUGGAUGGAAUUAGG